UCUCCAUUCACUACCCCGGCAACUGUUGCCCCGCUUAUGCCCGCGCCAUGGUCCCGAGACCGCUCUAAUUUCCCCGUGAUUUCGCUUUAAUUGCUUCCGCGUUCUCUCGUCUUCGUCGUCGGCUUCCGGUUCUCGGUUUCCGGUUUUGAGUUUCCGCGCUUCUGACAGUCACGUUUUCUCCCUUCGGAGAGGUUUGUCAGGAUAUCCUCUGUUGUAAAAAAUUGUGCUUGUCAACACCUUGUUAAUACCCCUAAUCGAUCCUUCAAAUCAAUUGGUUACAUAGUUUUUUAAGACGGAUUUUGUGUGGAUUUUUGGUGACUGUGAUUAGCACUUCACUCAAUGGUUGAACAUAAGCAUACAUAAAUUUCACGGAUGUCAGGUGUUCCAUAAUAUGUAAGACAAUUUACUGAAUUUAAUCUUCCUUAAUUUUUAACGUUUAAAUCUCAAUUCUGUGUCUGAGGUGAAAACCAAAUUAAAAAUACCUAAUGCAAAUUGAAGUGCGGUGACGUACGGAUUUUAAUGGUCUGCGGCGGUGUGUUUUUUUUAUUGAGGAGAUCAAUUAACGAUUUUAUAAUGCUUAACUCAAUACUUUGCGGUAUGCGAAAUUUUUUGGGAGGAGCCCAGUCUCAAAAUAAUGUCUAAACAAAAUUGUAGUAUAAGUGCGCGCAGUUUCUGGUUCGAUCGAUAAUUGGUGGUUAAUACUGACGUUGAACGCUAAACGAUUUUGGAGCUUCCAAAAGACUAUCAAGGAUAAAAAGUUCGCGCAGAAACACUUGGUGUUUAUUGAAAAAAGCUCUGAAUCUUGGACACAAAAUAUUUUAAGCCGCCCUUAAAAACGCCCCCUUACAAUCACAAGGUACCAAACUCGAUAAAAAUUGUGGUCUAAAGCUGUGAAUGUGAGGGCUGUCUGCCAUUUCAAAACGUCCACGUUGGUGAAAGAGCAGGCUAUAAACUCUCGGAGACGCUCUCCAAGCGACAUUAACUGAUCAUAACAAUUAGUGCUUUGCUGGAUGGAGGGAUUGUGAAUAAUUUCAAGACUCUCGAUAAUUUUGUGUCAAAGUGGUCAAAAGCUGCGAAAUACUAUUGGAAGCACAAGCAGAUAUCCAUUUAAAAAAACCCGAUCGCAACAAAUAGUGGUCAAAAAGCCGAAGGGUCCAUUGAAUUUGCCUAAUUAUUUAGACGCUGAGAGGUUUGGAAAAUUAGUGGGCGCCCUCCAGAACAUCAUCCAUACGCCCAACAGAAGCAACGAAUUCCUGCAAAGAUAACGGCUGAAAGUUGUGAAUGCAAAAACUUUGUAUCUCUUAAAGACUUCUGCCGAGCUUGACUCAAAAUAUAUAGCGGAGGUUGUGAAAUACUCAAAAACGCUUUUGAAAACAUCUGUCAGACGCCCUUUUAAUAUAUAUCGUGAGUUAUUUCAAGACGCCCAACUUCCCAGUGGUUAGAUGUUAACAUUUAUGAUAACACGAAGACGCCCUUUCAAUGUAAUGAAACACGAAGACGCCCACACUUGACUCAAAAUAAAUAGCGGAAGCUGUUAAAUACUCAAAAACGCUUUUGAAAACCUCUAUCAGACGCCCUUUUUAUAUACACAGUGAGUUACUUCAAGACGUCCAAAUUCUUAGAGGUUAAUGAUUUUGAUUACACGAAGACGCCCUUUCAAUGUAAUGACCCACGGAGACGCCCAUCCUAGUUGCUAAGCGAAUCCUAGCUGGCGAUGUCCUCGGAACAAUCCUGGCCGGAGGCGGAGGACAGGCUGGACCCGCGGGGGCAGGAGAUGGUGGAGAAGGAGCUCUCGACGCGGAUCCCGAAGGACCCGGCGGGGGGCGCCAACCGGACGUCGUUCUGCAUUGAGGCGCUCCUCGGGCGCCCGGAGAUCGAGCGGGCGUCGUCGCCGCUCUCCAGGGCCUCCAGCAGCUCCCCGAAGAGCUCCCGCAACGAGGAGACCAGCUCCCGGAGCCCCUCGAUCUCGCCCGGCUGCGAGGAGCAGAUCGCGCACCCGCUCCCGCCGAACAUGAUGCCCAUGCCGGGGAUCUUCCUCGGCCGCAACCCGGUCUACCCGUACAACUCGGCUUUCCAGAGCCUCCCGCAGCACGGACACGGCAAGCCCCUGGCCAACGGACCUGCCCCGCCGCACCUGCAGCAUAUGCAACUGGAGUGGCUCGCCAGGGCGGGGAUGUUCUACGCCGGACCACGGUUACCCGAUCUUGCAGGCUCACAUCAUGCGCUUUUGGGCAAAACGAGGAGACCACGGACAGCUUUCACAAGUCAGCAGCUCCUAGAACUAGAAAAACAAUUUCAUCAAAAUAAAUACUUAUCAAGGCCGAAAAGAUUCGAAGUGGCUACUAGUCUGAUGCUGACAGAAACACAGGUUAAAAUCUGGUUCCAAAACAGGCGAAUGAAAUGGAAACGGAGCAAAAAAGCUCAGCAAGAAGCUAAGAGCUCCUCGAAAGAAGGCUCGGAGAGCAGACACAGCAUCGAGAACAAUAGUAAUAACAAUAUCAGACCAUCAAAGUGUCCGAGCAGCUUAGAGCAACCGCAGUUCCAGCAAGCGCAAUGUGAUCUUCUUUAUAGGCCUUAUGUAUCGUAAUCGACUUAUCAAGUAUCCCUUAUUCCGAUCCAAGUAAUGGUUUACUUACGCUCGCUCGCAUUUCGAGUUUUACGACUUUUCCGCGGCCAGCGCUCAUGAUGAUUCUCUCAAUAGCUAGCUUCCUCACUCAUGGAUUUUGGUCGCUCUAACCGCGACUCUGGCGGGAUUUUGUGAAUUACGUUGAAUUUAUGACCGAACCAAAGCUUAAAUGCCACAUGCCGGUAAGAGAAUCGUGUAGCUUAUCGAUGGAUAAAGUUGAAAAAUGCGUCUCUGCACAGCAUCGUAUAAAAAUAUUCGAUUAUAUCUCAUUUAUACGAGUAAUUUAACUGACGCAUGAGGGGCUUGGAGGAUAAGACGCACAAGUGCAGUUUUUUGAAAAAUUGAGGUAUAAAUGAUUUCAAGCACUGUUACUCUUAUAGUAUGUUUUGUGAAAAAUCUGUACCCAAAUUCCAAUUUUUAAGCAUCAAAAAGUCAGUUUGAACUUUCUUUCCGCCAUAAGGAUUCAUGUAAUUUCGAAACUUACAACACGCGUGUUUCUCGAAAUAGCAAAAACUGCACCUGAUGGUUUGGUUUCUUUUAAAAAAUGGGUGCGUGAAGAUUUCCAACAUCUCAAUCGGAGACACCUACGCGUUUUUCGACUUUAUACAUCCAUCGGUAGUUGAUCCACUCAUGGCAACAGAUUUGACUGUUAGUUGCAGAUCUUGGAGAAACGACAGACGCUAAAAUGUUUGUCAAGUAGGAGAUAGGAAGUUCAGGCAAAAGGAAUCCAAGCGACACCUAGUGCACUGAAAACAAUCUUUAAAGUCGAAUGUCAAACUCAUGAUUUGCUGCAAAGAUAUCAGUUUAUUCUCUAAAAGGGAUAUGUCAGCUUCCAAAUAUGUGCUUUUCCGAUCCAAAAUCGUGUUUUUCUCAAUUGUUUUAGACAUCCUCGAUUUUUAAAUUGUUCAAUCUUCCUUGGCUUAAAAUGUGCAAAACAACACAUAUCCAUAGUAGUAAAACUAGCCCGUCACUUUUUUGAAGCUAUAGGUUCUCUCUCAGCAGCUAGUCUCUUUGUAGUAGUGAGAGAGAAAAAUAAGAAACAACUUCAAGAUUAGAGAACCUCGUCAAAAUUUUAAUAAUCUCGGUAAUAUUAUAGACUAUAUUUUUCGUAACUUAAUUGUAAGAAGCAGAAGCUAUAAAAAAGUCCAUAUUUCUGCUUAAUGUGGCCGUUACUUCUUUUACAGUUUCAGAUCAAAUUUACCUACACUAAAUAAGUUAUCAAAUUUUGAAGAUUCAUAAACACUCUUAAAGAAAACACAGAAAAAAUUGCCUUUUCCACCAAUAUUCGAAUACUUUAAAGCACGUCUACAGCCAAAAAUGAAGACAUUGAUUUUAUUCUCGUUACAAAAAAUUUCGCAGAAAUUGACUAGAAAGGCAUAGGGGAAAAACCAAUUUAAGCACAUCUAAUGCGACUUUUCUAUUGGCCUAAGUGAUCGAUACGCCAAAAUUUCUUCCGCCAAAAUUGAUAUUAUGAUGCAUAUAUAUUUACGUAUGCAUAUACAUAUUGCGUUUGAAUUUCGCUGAUAUUGCGCUAUGCUAGAACGACCAUGAUCCAUUUUUGUAGCUUUUCGAUGUUGAUGCCAAUAUAGAAAGCUGUUCACGGAUAUCAUCAUAACUCUGGAAGGGGGAGAUGACGGUAUUUUUAGCAUAGCGCUAUUUAAUUAAAAUAAAUAUGUUAUGAAGUUGUUUCCCUAGCGACUUCAUGACUUACUUUUUCGGAUCUCUCACAAAGUAUUUUCGUUACUGAUAAGGGAAUUAUCUAAUAGUUCUCAAUGCAUCAUUUUCUUACUACUUACGCAUGCACGCCGUAAAUAUUUAUUAUCUUCCAUUUCUAUGCGAGUAGAGGCGUCCAUAGUUAGAUCGUUGCUUAUAAAUACUGCGCUAAUUAAUGUGAAGUGUAAAAAUUUGUUUUAUAUGUUUCAUGUAAAUAAAAACCAUAGUUAAACCAAA